AUGGGGGGCGAUUUUGUUGAAGCAUUUUCAAAUAUGAAUUUGCAACAGAAUCGCAGAUGCAGACGCGGUCGCCGGCGAGAAAGACCCAAUAAACUCUAUAUUCUAAGAGGUCUUCCCGGAUCAGGAAAAUCCAAUUUAGCAAGGGAAAUAAAAAAUCAGUUUGGCUCUGCAGAAAUAUUAAGUACAGAUGACUAUUUCAUAAAUGAAGAUGGAGAGUAUAUAUUCCAAGGAUAUUUAGUGAAACAAGCACAUGCAUGGAACAUAAACAGAGCAAGAAGUGCAAUGGAAGAAGGACUGUCUCCGGUUAUCAUUGACAAUACCAACAUCCAUUUGUGGGAAAUGAAACCAUACGUAUCCAUGGCUCUUGAAUAUGACUAUCAAGUUAUUUUCAGAGAACCAGAAACAAGCUGGAAAUGGAAUGUUAAUAAAUUGCACAGAAAAACUGGAAAUGGGGUCCCGGAAGUUACAAUCCAGAGAAUGCUGGAUGAUUUUAAAGAUGUGUCAAAUAUACACGACGUGUUAAAUUCCGAAAUGCCUCGGAGAUAUUACCCAGGAGAAGACUACUGGAGGUAGAAUCACAGAAGUGGAUAUCGACCAAUCAAGCUUUUAUAAUCGAUGAUAAUAGAAACGAUUUUUCAUGUAUGUGGGUUUUUUCUAAAAUGUUUAUUUUUUAUGAAAAGUUUUUUAAAAGGUUUUUUUAAGAACUUGAAACUCCAGCUCCAAAUAAUUCCAACUGAACACAACAAAUGAAUUCAAUAAACUUGCAAGAAAACUCAGACAUUAAAAAAGGAACUCUAUUAAACUGGAUUGCUAUAGAAGAAAGAAAAGUUAACAAUGAAUUGUAACAUCUUACUAAUUAGAAUUCACUGAAUUUAUAUUCUAAUAUUUACUGACUGGUAUUUACUCAGACAGCUGUCCUGCUUGCUUAUUCAUAUUGUUUUCUUGCUGAAGAGCAUUGCUGUUUCUAUAGAAAAGAUAUGUGUUGUAACCAUUUGUAGUGUUUAAUCAUCUUUAGUCUGAAAAACAAUGUAUGCGUGUAACCAGAACUAGUGCUUAAUAAUCUUUAGUCUGUAACAUAUAUUGUAAAAUACUAUGUAUACUUUCUAUGUAAAACCAUGUAGUAGAAACUGGUACUGCUUGGUACACUAGCUGACCUCAAGCAGUCUCUUAUCAAGAUAGGCACGGCUCCCAGAAUUGAGUGCCAAAUCUCUGUUAACACAUUUCAGCUUGAAUAUAGAAUGUUGCUGUACUAAAUAGAUGUGUGUUAAUAUGUUUGCUUUAAGUGGUAUAGACUGUUGUGAUAAAAAAAGGGCUAGGGGUUUAUUAAAAGAGAAAAGGACUAAAAAGAUUUACAAAGGACCAGUACAUUAUUUGACUGGUUAGAAAAUAAAAGCUUGUAAUUUAGUCUUAAGAUAGGUGAACAAGUAAAAUCUGAUUUAAAAUGAAAAGCAGUCUCUGAUUCAAGAAAAAAAAAACAAGUAUUUUAGAAGAUACAUCACAAAAAUGGAACAGAAAAGUUGAAUAAAUAGAAAUUAUGUUGCUGCUGGUAAAAAAGAAUAUAGUUAACAGCUGUAUCCCAUGAGGAGUAAAAUACCUAGUCUAGCUCUGAGUUAAAAAGAUAAUGCAGCAUAAAAAAAGAUGCUAUGUUUAAAAUACAAAAUAAUAAGAUUGAAUAAAUAUUGAAAUGUAACUUUGAAAGCAAAAGAUUUAGAAAGGUAAACUCUAUGUAACCUGUCUUCCUGAACUUUCUACAAACCUGUCUUUGGAAAGAUCAUUGCUUGGUACAAAGAGGUAUUCAUGGCAUGAAAAGCGGGGAUCCUCUUAUCAAUAAACUUAUGGCGCCAAGGCCAGAAUUAAUGAGGAGAAAUACCUUCUCGUCUUAGAAGAAGGGGGGUUAGAAUAGAAAUGGACUUAUUCCAAUAUAUAUUAAAAUUAAUUAGUUGCCUGGUAGAAAGAAGCACGUAAAGUAAAGGUGUAGAGAUAGGGAACGUUACUAAAAACAUUAAUCACCACUGGAAUUGGCAAAGGAAGAGGUGAUUCCAGCAAACUGGUUUUAGCCAGCUUGUGUACAGCUAAAAAAUAAGAAGUCAUCUGAAGUUCAGCUAAGUUCAGGCUGUUAGAAAUUUAUAAGAAAGAGAUACUACAGCCUUGCAACUCAAAUAGAAAAAAUUAGAUUUUCCAUGGGGAGAAAACUCUAUACUGAAAAAGACAUAGAUAGGAUGGAAGUUCCCUAUAAUAUCUGCUAAACACACACCUGUAGGGAGAGAAGGAAACUAAUUUGAAAAGAUGAGAUGAUAUGAGGGAAUAUAUUUUUAGAAGCCAGGGGCCAUAUUACAGAAAGAUCCUAAAUGCCAAAUCUUAUCUUAUCUUAGAGAUAGGAAAUUCUAAGUGUCAGUUUAGAAAAAUCCGUAUAGUAAAAGGAUUCCUAACUCAUUUUCCUAUCUUAAGUUAGGAUAGAAUGGAGCACUUAGGAAAGUAUCGCCACCUGUGACUUAGGAGUCGCUUCUGUAAUACCAAGAUAGGAAGAAUCCUAUCUUAGCCAUGAAAGAUAAGAUUGGAAAGCAAGUUAGGAAAUUGUUCUGUAAUAUGGCCCCAGGUUCAUGUAAUCAGUAUAAUCAGAACUGUUGGUGUUGUAUAUAUUCAAACAACACUCAUAUAUUCAAACAACACUCUUUUCUUUGUAAUGCACAUAUAAAAAGUAGUAAGGUAGCAAGGAUCUUGUGAACUCUGCUUCACCCAACUUUUCAGAUAAAGGAGGGGGUCGAGAAAUGAGUGGAUGAGAUCAUGGUCAAGUGUUUUGGAGGGCUUUUUGCCAAAAAAGGCCUGUCUAAAGCAAAUUAAUGAUUGGAUUUGAUUAAGUCUUCCCAUGUAUUCCAAUGGAGAGAGAAUUCUAUAAAAACCUAGAUCUCUCACAAUGUGGUACCACAAUCAAGACUCAGAUACUAUUUGAAAACAGUUCUGUUCUUUUGUUCACGCUACUUGUCCUUGUAAUAGGAGGUAAGCAUAUUAUUAAAAUCAUUGUAUCUUACAUGUAUUGGUUGUAUUGCUAUAAGGUGUUGAAACUAUGUUUUAGCAUUAAGAGGGUGAUGUAGUGAAUGUGCUAAAAUAUAGCAAUGGGUGCUGUCAGCUUUUCGCUUAGCCAGCCUGAGGGCUGCAUAAAUACAUAUAAUUGUAUUAUGUUAUUGAAGUAUUAAUGCUAAGCUUGUAAUAGACUUAGAACUACUAAUUGUUAUUACCUGUUUUUGGAUUUUGGUGGUAUGUGCAAACUACUAAUCCAGUAUUAAAAGUAUUUUAAUAAA